AUGAGUAAAGUAAUCUUAGAAUUUUCCUUUGAUCCAGAGUCUCUAGAUUCAGAAAGCCAGGAAUUUCCUUUGAAUUUAGACAUCAUGGUGGAUGUACUUCAAGAUGGAGAAAGCGAAGUGGAAGAGGAAGAGGAAGAAGAAGAAGUAAUGGAACUGAAUGCAAUAAUGAUUCCAGCAUCUGAAGAAGCCAUUGAUUCUCUCAUUAAGUUCACAACUUUACCUUCUCUAAGAAUGGAAACUGAGAAGUGCAGCAUUUGCAUGGAAAAUUUUCGUUUAAGAGAGAAUGAAGAAACUGUUAAGUUAUCGUCGAUGUCUUAUGAUCAUGUUUUUCAUCAUUUGUGUAUUGUAAAGUGGUUGAAGACAAGUCAUACUUGUCCCUUAUGUCGAUACCCUGUGUGUAUUCAUAAGAUUUGA